CUGAAUGGAGGUAAAUCGCAGGCGCACAAUGACAAAGAAUUCUUUUUUGUAGACUCUCGAAAGAAAAGCUUAAGCGUGGAAAGGACGGCGCCGAUAGAAACUGGGCGAGAAACUCUAAUAGAGAUUGAUAAGGAUGGCAAAGGACUAGGAUUGUCGAUAGUUGGUGGUUCGGAUACGGUGCUAGGAACGGUAGUCAUACAUGAGGUCUAUCCGGAUGGAGCGGCUGCCCACGACGGACGCUUGAAACCUGGCGAUCAGGUGUUGGAGGUAAACAACGUCUCCCUUCGAGGUGUGACCCAUGAUCAAGCAAUUUCCGCUCUGCGACGGACUCCACCAAAGGUUCGCCUGCUUAUCUACCGCGAUGUGAAUUUGCAACUGAGCUUGUUAGAUCCUACACAAAUAUACAAUAUGUUCGAAGUGGAGUUGGUUAAGAAACCUGGCAGAGGUCUUGGACUUAGCAUAGGUAAGGUGGCAGCUUUGAUGCCAUAG